AUGAGGAAUAGUGUUAUUCUUUGUAUUGUUGCUUGUCUUACUGACAAGUUGCUGUGUCAAAAGCCAAAUUUAAUUGUCAAGCCAUCAAGAACUACUGGAACAGCUCCUUUAGCAGUACAUUUUGAUGCUACUGCUACUACACUCCCAGGAAAAGAUGCAUUCCGUGAUAUUACCUAUUCUUUUGAUUUUGGAGAUGUCAACUCUGGCAAUUGGUCAACUGACGGAAAAUCAAAGAAUACUCAAAUAGGUGGACCAAUUUCUGCUCAUGUUUAUGAUAAUGCUGGAACAUACACUGUUUGGAUUCGUGCCAGUGCUCCUGGUUACUACUAUUCAGAUGUCACUUUAACCAAUCCAAAUGUUGACUUUGCUGGAAACAAAACUGUUUGUGUUUCAACGAGUGGAAAUUAUAAUUCAUGUCCGAGUGGUGCUCUCAAACAGAAAACCAUCCCAACAGGAACUGAAUGGUCAGGUAAAAGAUGGUUAUUAAGAAGAGGCGAAACUUUUGACGAAAUUGCAAUUCAGGAUGGAAAUUCGAAUGUGCAAGUGGGUGCAUUUGGAUCAGCAAGUCAACUGCCAAUCGUUGCCAAAGUUGGAGUUGGAUCUUGGCGUCCAGAUACUCCUGAUUUUCCAGUUGACAUUUCAAUUAUGGACCUGUCAAUUCCAGGUGGCGUUUUAGAUUCUCUUGGCAAGAGACAUUUAUUCUAUAGAAAUAACAUUACUGGAUGUGAUAAUGCACUUUGUGUUGGUUUUGGCGAACCUUAUUAUUGGAUAUUUGAUGAUCCUUAUAGAAGAAUUCCAAUUUCUUCAUUUUACAAUCCUCAAGAAUUCUUCUACGUCGACAAUAUUGCAGUUGGUAAUACAGCAACUACACAGGGAAAUUUCUUUGGGUCCAUUGCUAAAUCUGCAUUUAUGGGAAACUAUGCUAAGUGCAAGGCUACCUUGUCAACUAAUGGUUGGAUUACUCAAUUUAAUGUCAUUUCGAAUAACAUUUUGGGAAGCUUGCAGGAUAACAAUGUUUGGGGUUCAAUGAUUUCUCCUCAAAAUGGUGCAUAUCCAGAACGUAUUACUGAUAUAAUUAUUGAAAAUAAUCAAUAUAUUAUUCAUAGAAAUGAUCAAUAUGAUUUGAUCUUGUCAGCAAGAAAUGUCACUUACAGAGCUAAUACUAGAAGUGAUGGUAAAUCAGCUGCUGUCAUGUUUGGACCUCAUGGAGAAGCUCUUCCAGCUUAUUGGUUAGGACCGUAUUACACUACUAAUACUCCUGUUGUAAAUGUGACAGCUUCAACUUCAAAUGUCACUCCUAUUAAAAGUAGUCAACCAACAGCAGCGAAUAGUGGUGUGAAAGGUAGUGGAAGUACUUCAAGUGAAAGAGUUGGAGAAUCGAAUGGAAAUUUUGCUUGUUCCGUAAUGUUAUUGCUGUUGAUAAGUUUAAUUUUCAUUAUCCAGUUUUAA